UUGUGGUGGAGGACAGUGGAGGUCUGGAGUUUGGCUGUGUCGGGGCGGGAGGCUGUGCGUGGUUCUCGUGUCGUUGGCUGGGCCCAGCCCGAGCUGCACAGACACAGCCCUCGGCGGAAUGACUGACAUUUCUGAAGCAGUUUCAAAUUUUGAAGAGAUGUUUGCCAAUAGAUUCACAAAAGAUGACAAAGAAUACCAGGAAUACCUGAAACGCCCUCCUGGGUCCCCUCCAAUUGUUGAGGAAUGGAAUAGCAGAGCUGGUGGAAGCCAAAGAAAUAGAGGCAAUCGGUUACAAGACCGACAGUUUAGAGGUGGGGAUAGCAGACGGGGGUGGCCAAGCGACAAUCGAUCCAAUCAAUGGCAUGGACGACCCUGGGGUAAUAAUUACCCAUCGCACAGACAAGAACCCUACUAUCCCCACCAGUAUGGACAGUAUGGUUACAACCAAGGGCCUCCUUAUGGUUACUACUGAGAGAAAUGUUUUUAGUAAAACCAUUUUCUUUGUUAA